CACAUAAAUAUCACUGUGUGCUCCACAUUAAAUCAUAUCCAUCCGCUCUGCAUAAACAGCAGCUCCUCGUCUUCCUCCGAGUUUAUUUUGCAAGUCAAGGAGUUGACUCUAUCGUGUGUCUCAUCAAGAGCAAUGACGCACAGUUCAGUUCUGCCUCUGCUGCUCCUGCUGGGCACGUGUUCGGCUUACACCUACCAAAAUGUGGCCUUGCGUGGAAAAGCAAGCCAGUCAGGGCGUCAUCCAGACCAUUAUGGAGAUGCAGACAGAGCUAUUGAUGGAAGCCGUGAAUCUAACUAUUAUCAUGGUUCAUGCAGCGCUACUGCUGUGAUGAGCAACCCCUGGUGGAGAGUGGACCUGCUGGAGGCCUACAUCGUCACCUCCAUCAUCAUCACCAACAGAGGAGACUGUUGUGUAGAAUGGCUCGACGGGGCAGAGGUUCACAUCGGCAACUUUUUGCAAGACAAUGGCGCGGCAAACCCAGUGGUUGGUGUGAUUUCUCAUAUCCCUGCAGGCAGGUCUUUAGAAAUUACUUUGACCAAACUUGUAGAGGGACGAUACGUGACGGUGGUUGUACCUGGUUCAGGGAAACUAGUUGUACUCUGUGAGGUGGAAGUGUACGGGUACCGUGCUCCAACUGGAGAGAACCUGGCACUCCAAGGAAAAGCCUCACAGUCAUCACAACAUUCAACGGGCAGUGCUUAUAAUGCCAUUGAUGGAAAUCAUGCCAGCGACUGGGCAAAGGCUUCUUGUGCACACACAGAAAAGGAAUUGGACCCAUGGUGGAGACUGGACCUGGGCAAAACCCACAAAAUAUUUUCUGUUAAGAUAACCAACUACAAAGAUUACCCUUUGUAUAUUAAUGGAGCAGAGAUAAAAAUUGGAGAUUCUCUUGAUAACGAUGGCAACAACAAUCCGAGGUGUGCUGUGAUCUCAAGCAUCUCUGGAGGUUUCACGGAAACCUUCCAGUGUAACGGGAUGGACGGUCGCUACGUCACCAUCGUCAUUCCUGGAAGAACCGAGCACCUGGCACUCUGUGAGGUGGAGGUGUACGGCUCCAGACUGGAUUAGGUCUGAGGAGUUUCUAUGUGCAACAAUGAUGUUUGACAUUGAUGUUAAGCUGAUGCUCUACAUGCUGUUUUUUUUUUUAACAAAGCUUAAGCUUCACUUGCUAGCUGCAGAUGGACGGGAGUUUCAGCUUAGUAAACUUGAGCAACUCCAUUGAAAAAGUAAUCAAACUUGACAAAUAUUAUGAACAUUAACAGGUGAAUUAAUGUGUAUUUCAACUGUCUAAUUUAUACAACAUGUGGCAUUGCGUGGAAAAUAAAUCAAGGGACAUUAUAAUCAA